AUGCUCCACGUACUGGACCUUUCGGGUCAUCAUAUCAAGUCGUUUGAACCUCACACCGCAUCAAUCACGGACAUCUCGGUAGAUGUAAACGGCGAAUGGUUCGCCACAGCAUCGAUAGAUGGGCAGGCGGUUGUACACUCUUUAUCCACCCCCGAGUCGCAGACAUUCAACAUGAAGCGGUCAUUAAGAACCGUCGCUCUGGAGCCGAACUUUACGAAGAGCACCACGCGGUCUGUAGUAUGCGGAGGCAUGGCAGGAAAUUUGGUUCUGCAUGAAAAAGGAUGGUUGGGAUACAAGGAAACCGUCCUGCACACCGGGGAAGGUCCAAUCUGGCAAGUUCGUUGGAAGGGCCGAUUGAUCGCAUGGGCAAACGAUCUGGGCGUGAAAAUUUACGACACGAACUCGCAGACUCGCAUCACAUUCAUUGACAGACCCGCGGACAGCCCUCGAGCAGAUCUCUUCAAGUGCACUCUCCAUUGGCAGGAUGACUCAACGCUGCUCAUUGCUUGGGCUGAUCAGAUCAAGGUCGCUCGUAUCCGGGCCCGUCCUCGGACAGCAACUGCUUCAUCAUCGGCUAACUCGCCGCCCUAUCUAGUUGAGAUAACUGCAGUAUUUCAGCUGGACUGUAUGGUAGCAGGCAUUGUGCCGCAUCCCCUCUCCACAUCCUCCGCUGGAGCUGCUGGAGCGGCCGCCUCUCAUGCAGCUCAUGCUAUUGUUGGAGCGACUAGCUCUCCUACGACUACAACCAUACCCUCUCCAUCACUGACUGCUUUCCUCGUCCUCGCGUAUACUCCUCCCGACACAUUACUUUUAACUGGGAAUGAGGCUACGUCGGAUCGCGCAGAACAGGCUCGCAAGGCAGCCGAACGCCCUGAACUACGCAUUGUUUCGCGAGCAGGCGAAGAGCUGGCAGCGGACGCCUUAGGCAUAGCAGGCUUCGAGCGCUGGAGUUGUAAUGACUACGUACUCGUAGACAUCCAAGAAGACCAAGUCGCAGCGUCGCCAUCCGGAGCGUCCAGGGGACGGUUCUACAUGGUACUCAGUCCUCAGGAUAUCGUAGUAGUCAAGCCGCGCGACUGGCGGGAUCACGUAGCAUGGUUGGUGGAGCGGAAGAGAUAUGAGGAGGCCCUGGACGAGCUCGAACAUCAGGCGGCGAUGGGCGUAACUACGGGACCGGUUGAAGAAGCGAUUGAUGCAGUCCACAUCGGCCAAAGGUACAUUGAGCACUUGAUCAGCGAAGGUGAAUUCAUCAAGGCGGCGCGCCUCUGUCCUAAGGUUUGUGGACAGGAUACAAAGCGAUGGGAAGACUGGAUUUUCGUUUUCGCCCAGAAGCACCAACUUCAGGCCAUCAUUCCCUUUGUGCCAACGGAGUCGCCCACGCUCGGACACUUGGUGUACGAGAUGAUAUUGGCAUAUUUCCUGGCCAAUGACCGACAAGCACUGCUUCAAACGAUCAAGAGUUGGCCGAAAGAUAUCUAUGAUAUAUUUGCAGUCAUUGUCGCUGUUCAAGCCGAGCUUGAGCGAGCGCCUUCGUCUUCCUCCAUGCAAACAGCAGCACCCGAGAGUGCUAUCCUGAUGGAGUGCCUUGCCGAACUUUACACCAUAAACCGACAACCAGGAAAGGCGUUGCCAUACUUCCUCCGCCUCCGACGACCAAACGUCUUUGAUCUGAUUCGCGAAUAUAACUUGUUCACUGCAAUACAGGACCAAGCUCUCCUGCUUGUCGAGUUCGAUCAAGGGCUGAUCGACAAACGAAAACAAAUUGGGGAGGAAGUCGAUCCCGAGAACAGUACUGCCAUCAAAUUACUUGUUGACCACAUACACUCUAUACCCAUCGGCCGUGUUGUGCAACAAUUGCAAGUCCGGCCUUACUAUCUCUAUCUAUACCUGGACGCACUCUUCCACAAGGAUCCACACCUCACCUCUGAUUUCGGCGACUCCCAGGUCAAGUUAUAUGCCGAAUAUAACCCAGGUCAUCUGAUGGAGUUCUUGCGAGCGAGCAAUUACUAUAACCUGGAGAAGGCAUAUAACAUCUGCAAUGACCGCGACAUGGUCCCUGAGAUGGUUUUCCUACUCGGUCGCAUGGGUAACAACAAGAAGGCACUCACGCUCAUUAUUGAACGCCUUGGCGAUGUCAGCCGAGCAAUCGACUUCGCGAAGGAACAACACGACGAUGAUCUAUGGGAAGAUCUGCUCAAAUAUUCAGAGACUAGACCAACGUUCAUCCGCGGCCUUUUGGAGAAUGUCGGCGCAGAGAUCGACCCUAUUCGACUGAUCCGACGUAUCAAGAAUGGGCUUGAGAUCCCUGGGUUGAAGGGUGCAUUGAUCAAGAUCUUGCAUGACUUCAACCUGCAGACGUCUCUGCUCGAAGGAUGCCAAACUAUCAUGGAUGGAGAUGGCGCCGAGCUCGCCCGCAACCUGCACAGGAAUCAGACAAGCGGAUUCUUUUUGAGUGCACACACGCAUUGUCCUGUCUGUUCUUUGCCAUUGCAGCACCAGCUGCACGGCCUGACACUGCUAUUCCUCUGUCGGCAUGUGGUGCAUGCGAGCUGCGUCGUGGAUGAUGCAAGCCUCGCUGAGCAGCUGGAUCAUAGCCUGGUCGGCAUGGGCAUUGGCGGACAUCAAGGGAUCAGUGGAAGAAUUGCAUACACCGCAUUGGCUCGCGCGAGGAUCGAUAAAGGGUGUUCCGUUUGUCACAAGAAAGGGGAAGGUCAGCGGUUGUGA